CGUGUUUCUAUUUAAAGCUACCGGAUGUCUACUAAGGCGAAGUUAAUAGUGACAGUUUUGUAUCGAAUGCAGAAGUAUUGAGAAAUAAACAUAGUAAUUUGCAUUAAAUGUGCCACCGUUUAAAGUGAGUCUAAGUGUACACUAAAUUCUCAAAAUAAAUAAAAAGAACGUUGAGUGUGUUGAACUUACGAGAGCCUUCCGAUUCAUUCGGCAGCCUACAAUAUUUCAAAUGCUUGCAACAUAAAAAUUGCCUACGUUUGUGUGGGUAAUCUCGGCAUUGACUGUGUUCCGUGCGCGCUCGCACACAAGGAUACGCCAAGCGGCAACCAAAAACGGUACCCGUUGUGUGUGGUUGCCGAACCGACAUCAUUUAGUUGUCAAACGUGGACGAGUAAGCAUUGCCAAGAUGUGUGCUGCCGGUCGUCAAAACGCAUAUCAGAAGGAAGUUUUGUGAAGUGGAAAACGAUAAGUGCAGAGAGAGAGAGAGAAAGCCGAAGUAAGUGUAAGAAGAGAAGGUGAGCAAGAGAUGGGAGUGAAGACCUCAGCAUAAAACUGGUUCGGUUGCGCGCGCUCAAUCAACUGCUUGUUCUGCCGGCGUGUAUUUUAUUAUUUUUCGACAAUCUGUGCUGUGUUUACUGUCAGAGGAACGCGAAUAGCUCCGGCCGGAGAGCGUGUAUUGGUGAAGAAGCUUUAUGUGGUGUUAUUAAAUUGGGGUUGUGUUAAAAGAUUGUUUUCGAUUUCGUGCUAAGUGAUGGGAAAAGGUUUCUUGAUUUUGCGUAAAAAAUAUGUGGAAGAAAUCGAAUUUGAAGCUUAAACGGGACGAGUGCAACGAACGAUUGGAAUACUGUGCAUUUGGAUUACACAAUUUAUUGGAUUAGCUGUUUGGUGAGAAGGAUAUAACAUCAGCAAUGACGGCAGAAGUGGCUAAAGUGACCAAGACAACUAAGGUUGUUAGUGGUCCAGAAUCACCAUAUAAACCGGCUCGGAUCCAUUUGAGUUCGGUUAAUCCCUAUGUUACAUGUAAUCUUUGUAAAGGUUACUUGAUUGAUGCAACCACGAUAGUCGAGUGUCUACAUUCGUUUUGUCAUAGCUGUAUCAUGAAACACUUGCGUACGGAACAGUACUGUCCUCAGUGCGAGAUGAUGAUAAACAAAGCGAAACCGAACAUCAAACCGGACGCUACCCUGCAGGCUAUCGUAUACAAGCUGGUUCCAGGGUUGUACGAGAAGGAAUUGCUCCGGAAGCGAGCUUUUUACCGUCAAAAUCCGGAAAUGGCCGCCUUGGCCACUCCGGAGCAGCGGGGCGAAGACACCGAGCAUCUAAUCUUCGGUCCCAGCGAAGAGUUUCAACUAUCGCUGGAGUACGCUGACAAGGAGCUUGCCGGCGACAACGAAGAGCUAAAGCGGCCCAAGUAUCUGCAGUGUCCGGCGAUGGUAAGGAUUGCUUGCCUGAAGAAAUUCAUCAUCAACAAGUACAACAUUCCUACGCAUCUGUACUACGUGGAAAUCAUGUACAAAGUGCAAACGAUUACCCUUCCGGACCAUUAUACCUUAAUGGAUGUUGCAUAUAUCUACACCUGGAAGAAAAACGAUUCGAUGGAAUUCUUUUUCCGCAUUCGUACUCAUGAGAUGAAAUCGGUCGAGCUACCGGAGGUGCCCUUGCGGAGAUCCCCCAGCAUUUCCACCGGUCGCCAGAGCAGUACCAGUGCACUGGCCACCAUCAAGGAAGAGGACAACAUUGAUGGCAGUGAGAGUGUUGCUCUCAUUAAACCUAGUGAUAUCAAACGGGAGGAACCGAGCCUGACGGAUGGGGAGGGAAAACUGGGUGAUGACACUAGUUUGACAAUAGCAACAUCACUAACGCCAACGGUGAUGACGCCAAUGACGACAACAACCGCAACGACUGCUACUGGUGCAGCAAUCCGACCAACACCGGUUGAUAUCGUUGCUAGUGUAAGUGAAGCUAUCCUGGAUGUAAAGCCUAACGUGAUAGCAAUGGGCAAACCGCAGCAGGAGAAUCGGUGCAACAGUGGCGAGCGUGCUGGAAUUGGUGCUCCAGCUGCCGCUCCUGUCGAGCCACCCAAGGUGAAGAAAAAUGAAUCGAUAAAGCUGAAAAUAGAAAUGAAUAAAAACACCUAUGUUAGUAUCCUUCAAAGUCCUCAGCCGGAAAUCGGCAGCAAGCAUCAUAAAUCGGACAAGUCUGAAAAAGUGAAAAAGAAGAAGUCUGAGGAUAAGGAAAAAUGUGUUAAUAAGAUUAAAUCAUCCAGUGAUCUCAAAAUUAAAAUAGAAAAAGUGAAAGAUGGGCUAGUCAGUGUUAAGAAAGAUGGGAAAAGCAGUAGGAAGACACCAUACAAAGUAGAACUGAGUGGUGCAAGUGAUUUCAAGAACAACAAUAAGCAAAGUGUUAAUGACUCUGAGCUAAAAAAAGCGAAAAAAGAAGCGCAAAAAUUGGAUAAAAGUGUGAAGAAAGUGAAGUCGCCGAAGAGAAAUUCAGAACUUGAAAAAGUGCAUCCUUCUAUAGUGCUUAAAAUAGAUCAGAAAAGUCCCGAACUAUCGACGUCUACGUUAAAAAUAGUUUCUCAAUCAUUCGCCACAUCCUCGCCAAAGCCGAAGGCCGAACUAAGUUUGGAGGAUGAGAAAUCUCAGUUUCUUAAUUCGUUCGAGUUGACUCCAAUCAAGUCACUUCAAGGUAAUCAAUCAAGGUCCCCCUCAUGCUCACCGGGAUCUUCCAGUUCAUCAUCGUCUACGAACAACGAACCAAAACAAGGCAAGCGCAAGAACAAAGAUUCCCUAAAUGGUCGUUCUGUUCCAAAGAAACCAAAACUCUCUGAUGACGAAAUGAAGGCACUCGUAGAAAGAACCGUUCAGCAAAAUAUUAAGUCCACUGUCAAUAAUAAAACAACGCCACCACCACCCACACCAACCUCGGUUCCAAUUCGUGUGGUCAAACAAGAGCUUGAAACAUCUCCUUCAACGAAGAAUGUGGUGCUUGCUCAACCAUUACCGAUAAAGUCCGAACUUUCGGUCAAAAGUCCUCCCAAACAAGAACCCAAAACAAAACCUUUCGACUUCAAACCGCCUUCAUCGUUGCCUCCACCAGUAGUGACGACCACGAACAUCCCAGCUCCCAAGCCUGCUCAGCCUGUGAUGAUUGCUCCCAAACCUUCUUCGGAACUUAUGAAACGACCCGCUGUGCCUUCGUUCCCAAAACCAAUUCAGGCGGCUAAAAAGCUACCUCCCCUUUUGCCGAAAGAUGUCGACUAUAUGAAAAACCACAAACAAAAACUGCUAGAAAUGAAGCGAUCCGCGCAAAAUCCUCCCAUUAUUUCCCCCAAUAAGGACACGGAAAUAAGUCAAAUAAAGCCGGAAAAUGCUAAGAAAAAUAUUAAAGUUUACGGUCCACCAUCUGAUAAUGGCAAUUUCGCUGUACCAACUGCUUUGUCAUCGAUGCCUAAGCCGAGAACGAAACAAAAUCGCCCCGUGAACUAUUUAAAUUACGCACUCAUGAAUGCCAACAAAGCUCCGGCCGGCUCCCGAACGCCGAUUCCUUCGUAUUCCAACUCGCCGAGCUACUCGCCAGAUUCACCGCAGUACAAUCCGAACUUCAACAUCUCGACAAAACAAUAUAAAUAUGCAAAUCCGCUGGCUUAUGCUAAUUUUUUGCAAAAUAUGCUGAACGAUCGAAAGACGAGCAAUGGUUCGCCACCGCAAAGCGUGCACGAACGCAAGGCAGAGCCAGUAAACGAGAGAAAGCGAGCUUGUCCUAGUCCGGAAAACAAACAAGAGCCACCCGAGAAGCAACCGAAGGUUCAAUCGUUACUCAAUCAAAUCAACAUUCCAUCAUCGCUUUCCAUCACCCUGGCCACCGAGGAGGAUGAAGCAGCCAGAGAGAAGGCUCGCAAAAGCCUACCCGAGGAGGAUAAAAAUUACAUCGAGAUCCUGAAGUUACCUGAGAUCUCAAUCACAGAAGCCGAGCGAACAACACCUCCAAAGGUCCAGUCAGAUUCCUCAAACAAGAAAGCAGCAAAAAGCCCUAGCCCUGGUAAGUCAGAGAAAAUCAAAACUCAUGGCGAGGGCAAGGGCUCUAGUCUCGAGGCGGACAAUGCAUCGUUCCAGCAAAAAUUCAUUCAAUCAAUUCGAGUGGAAAAAGAACCCAAGAGCAAGAACAAACCAGGCGCCAGGGCAGAAAAACAACUCUCGCCUGUAUUCACACCACCGACGUCAUCCCCUAACAGUAACACAUUCAAACUUCCAAAUGCCACCGUACUGAGCAACGGCAUUGUGAAGCUGAACUCCUAUCCCGAGUUAGAUCUCAUAAACAAAACUAAUGCCAGUUCAAGACCAACACCUUCGCCUCCGAAACCAAUCGCCCCCAAACACGUUCCCAUCGCUCCGAAACCGACAGGAACUUUUUUCCCACCAACUGGUACACCUUCCAUUCCUCCGCCAAAUCGUAAAAGCCUAUCACCUCCGGUCCCCAAACCGUCAGUAUCACCGGGUCAGCCAAAAUCGAAAACUCCACCAGCGAUGUCCUCAACUCCGUCGCACGCAGCGUUGGCUGCAAUGGGACCCAUGUUCGGCCUUCAAAUGAACCAAGAUAAUGCAAACUAUAAUCAGGCGAAGAAAAUGGAAUCCAAACCAAGAAGACCAUCGCAAAAAUCUCCCAAGCAAAAUGUGUUGGACCUCUCGUCACAAAACUCCGCAGCAGUAGCGUCACCUACAACCGCUGAUAAAUCCAAGGACGCCAUGAAUAUGCUAAUGAACAACAAUCUAAGCAACACACAGAAGCUCCAGGUUGCCAACUAUCUCAGCGAGGUGGCCAAGCUAAACAACAGUGGCAUGAUGAUGCCCCAGAUGAUGGGGCUGCAGCCGAAUCCACUCCUGAUGCAAGCCCUGUACCUACAGCAGUUAUCUCGCAUCGCAAGAGCCGGUAGUGACAACAGUUUGGAAAAAUGAGGUCUGGUCAAAGGCGGCACAACGACGGCGGCUUGGUCGCCUCGGGUGACGCCGACAACAGCGACAAUUGUGAUAGAUAUUCCUUAAUUCGAUUAAUAAUGCUGACGACCUUUAGCAGCAGCAGUGAGCGGCUCUCACGGAACGCAGGCGAAACAGAGGGAAAAUAUCGGCAGUAAAUCUUUAACCCAUUAUUUAGUCAGUGGAUUAUUGGUUCGGUCGUAUAUUCUCCGAAAAUUAAAACCUCAUGCUGGCGUUUGCCUCGCCAAGGCAAAGCAAGCAGACAGAAAACUAUACAACUCGUAUACGCUUAGAGUAUAUCUCUGUAAAUAGACGUCUCAGUGUUUGUGACCGGUGCUGUAAAUAAGACGAACCAAGUGUGGUGGUCUAUGUGAGAGACCAAAAACCGUCAGUAUUUUGAGAGAAUCGUUACUUUGGCUGUUUUCGAUAGAUUGAUUGCUCGUUCGUGCACAAAACGGUUCCGGAGGGAAAUGCCAUGCAAGAGCAAACGAGAUAAAAACACAAUAACAGUAUUUUUUCUAGCCUUCGUUAAUGUCGAGCUAAUGCAGGCAAUUUCACUUCUCUCGUCGCUGGCUGUUGGUUUUUUGUCCGAUUUAAGUCGUUGCCGAGCCUUCGUAAUCGCACACGUAUGUGAAGGGCAUUUAUCUUUGUUUACACUGCCGCCGGAGCAGUGCGUUCGUUCUCUAGCUAGCACGGUUUGUUCGGUUGGAUUGGAAGACGUGCAUCGUUUGUUGGAAUGAAACAGGGGCUUGCUUGGGCAUUUUUAAACCAUAGUGUGACAUGCCUAGUACGAAUAAGAAUCCGAAGACGAAGUGAUGUUAUUAAAUAGACGUAACAAGACAAUGAUAACGUUCGAUAUUGUUUAUUGCGAUGUGUAUACCUAUUUGCAUGUUAAAGUAAGUGGAUCUGUAAAUAGUAACGUUUAAGAGUACGGAUGGAAAGAACUCUUUGUUGAAGCUGGCAUUUUGUUAUAUUUAUUUUUGUUUCCAUUCUGUUAUAUUUUUCAAACGCUUGUCCUGAACAACUCAAAUAGAUAGACUAGAUAUGUAAUGAUAAUUUAUGUUUUAAAAGCACACCGAAAGAAUAUAGGAAUAUGAAAUAAUUUGUAAACUAUGUACAUAUAAAAAC